AUGACCCUUCUUCAGAAUAUCGUGUCAGAGACGCCGUUGGCUGCGGGCAGCGCUUUGCUCACCGCAAUCAUUGUCGCAUAUGUCAUUUAUCAACGCUACCUGCACCCACUGGCCAAAUAUCCAGGACCAUUCCUUGCAAGUAUCACAGAUCUAUGGCAGGUUCACCAGUUCCUGUCUCUACAACAACCAUACAAUCUCACCGCACUCCACGAGAGAUACGGCCCCAUCGUUAGAUACGGACCAGACAAGCUCAGCAUUACACACGAGAGUGCUGUCCCGACAAUUUACCAGAAAAGCGCCAAGUCCAUGCCGAAAACCGAGUUUUACGAUGCUUAUGGGGCUGCUCAUCCAAAUGUGUUUGGGAUGCGGGAUGAAGUGAUGCACUCGGUGAGGCGGCGUCAUAUGUCUCACAGCUUUUCUUUGAGCUACAUCAAGGAGAUGGAAGAGUACCUUGAUCUAAACAUACGCAUUCUGAAAGAUAAGAUUAGAUACCACAGUGAAAUAGGCGAAGUAUUUGCCCUAAAGAAAGCUUUGCAUUACUAUAUGAUCGAUGUUCUAGGUGAACUCGCGUUUAGCCGGUCUUUCGGUGUGCAAGAGGCUGAUGACGAGUCGCGUAUUCCGCCGGUGAUCGAGCAUAGCCUUUUGGCGGCUGUCACCGGUGCAUGGCCCACAAUGACAAUGACCCUGAAAAGGUGGCUCCCCUACAUGCCGCAUGCAGGGCUUCGGCGGCUCUUUGCUGGCCGAAAGGCCUGCGCAGAUCUUGCAUCGAGCAGCGUUCAACGACGCCUGAGGGAUCUGAAUGAUGGUGAAAGUUCAGUCGGAGUACAGAAUCGGAAGGAUAUUCUGACCAACUUGAUCAAGGCGAAGCACCCUGAGACAGGCGAAAGGCUUACGCAAACUGAUCUGGAAACGGAGGCAUUUGGUUUCAUUAUUGCCGGAACUCACACAACUAGCGCUACAUCCACACUUCUCUUCUACCAUCUCCUCCAUAACCCUGACUUCAUGAGGAAGUGCACUGAGGAGAUCGACUCUAACCUGCCGUCCCUUGGACCGAGCGAGACUGCGUACUCUAUCACAGCCGCAGAAGCCUCUCUCCCAUUUUUACGAAACUGUAUCCGAGAGAACUUCCGUAUUACCCCGGUUUUCACGAUGCCGUUAGCACGUCGUAUUACUGACCCUGCCGGAGUAACGAUAGAAGGCGAACACUUGCCUCAAGGAACGUCAGUCGCUGUAUGCAACCACGCAUUCCAUCACAACCCUGUCGUUUGGGGUGAGGACCAUAAUAUAUUCAACCCUAAUCGCUGGAAUGAUCCAAAUGUUGGUGCUAAAGCCCGGCUCUUGAUGCACUUCGGGCUGGGUGGCCGGCAAUGUAUUGGGAAAGCUGUGGCGACUACUAAUAUAUACAAAUUGCUCAGUACUCUGCUUAAGGAGUUUACGUUUGAGCUAGCCGAUGAGCAGGAGCGGGUGGAUGUGGACAAGGGGUUGUAUAAAGGCAGAAUCCCGAAGCUUUUCAGUGUUGGAAUUAGUGACCUGCAGGGACCUUUGCUCGUUAGAGCUCGAGUUCGUUGA